UGGUGUCAACCUUUCAUCAUCAUUUUGCAUCCAGCUCUGUAAUAGCUAGGAAGAUAAGACGUAGAUGCGCUCUAGCUUUUGUGCAUACCUAUAUAUUGAUCCCAUCAAAAUAUUGUUUCUUCAGUAGCAAACCUAUCCAGUUCUAAUGUACUCUAUCCAACGGAACGCUGCCCGACUCUAUCCCAGUGGAUUAAGAAUCGCAAAAAUGAGCCAAGUCGGUGAUCUGGGUGCUGGUGCCGGAAAGGGAGGCGGCGGUGGUGGAUCCAUCCGCGAAGCUGGUGGAUCCUUCGGAAAAAUGGAAGCAGCUCACGAGGAGGAAUACUUUUACAAGCAGCAGCGAGAGCAGUUGCAAAAGCUGAAACCCAAGACUGAUGGUGGUGCUGCAGGCGGUGAGCAGAAGGCGCCACAAGGUGGUAAGAAGUAAAUGGAGCGACGCAUUAAAAAUAACUUAAAAUUA